AUGGUGUACUUUGGUCCCUCGCGAGGCUGUGAAACUUGCAAGAAGCGUAGAAAGAAGUGCGAUGAGACUCGUCCAUCCUGUCUAAGAUGCCUCAAGACAGGUCGGACUUGUCGAGGGUAUGAGGAGACUGGGAACCUCAUUUUCCGACAGCAUGAUGCCCCCAUCAGCAAGUCGUUCCAAUUCCAAUUACCUUUCAAGUCCAUGGCGCGCAAGUGUAGUUUAUCUCCUCGCGUGCCCGUCCCAGGCACGGAUACCCUACCAGAGGACGGCCCACCUAAGGAAAUCCCCGACAAUCUCAUCGAGGAAUUCGCUAUUCGCGCCUUCUUCCACGACUACUGUGUAGCACCCGUCAACACGGCACUUUCCCGGGGGUUUCUGGGCGGGCUGGAAUUAAUGGUCCAACGACUGGGCCUGCAAUCGCCCGUGGCCAACGCAUGCAAGGCCGUAGCCUUCGCGAGCCAUGGGCUGAAGCUCUCUCGCCCGUUCCUGACGCAGAAGGCAGAGACCCUGUACCACGAACUGUUGGUUUCUUUGACUCGAUCUACCCAGAACCCUGCCCUGGCAGCUGGCCCGGAGAUGCUGGUCAUUGCAAUACUCCUGGGGCUAUACGAGAUGAUCAUCGCCGGGGAGACUAAUCCCGGCCAUCAUAACGCUCAUGCUGGGGGCGUGGCAGCCAUUCUGCAGAUUGAGAACAGUCCGUUGAGUCUCCUGCAGGCUGCCAGGUCGGGCCAUCCUCUGGUUCUCAACCGGAUGGUGCAGAAUAAUGGGUUGUUCACCAGCUCCCGAUCUGGAGGUGGAGGUCAAAACUUAGACUGCCUUCUCCUGAAACUUGGGUCUCUCUGGCAGAAGUCCGAGAAUUUUCUGUCCACCUCUCCAGGACCACUGUUUUUUGACGAGCUGUACGGUCUCAAGGAGGAGGCAAAGACUCUCGACCAAGAUCUUGCGCUCUGGCAAAAGGAUCAAGGUGACGAUUUCAAACCAACAACUAUUGGCUACGUGAGCCCUGGCCAGGAUCCAUCCAGUCCCGGCGUGGGUUGCUGGUCAGGACGAGUUGACACAUAUGUUGACCUCUACGUUGCGGGAGUCUGGAAUGUCUCACGUAUAGCUAGAUGCUUCUUGAUCAACUUGGUGCUUAGGCUGUCUAGCAUUCUCGACGGAAUAGGAGACCACAGCCAGGAGCUGCAAGAUGUUCUCCAGCAGCUGGGGGAUAUCAUCGCCUCCAUUCCCUAUCAUUUAACUGAGGAUUUGCUGGGAUUUGUCGCGCAAGGAGGGAAAAGCCCGAAGAUAACCAGCCCCGGACGGCCAGUCGGAGGCUUACUUCUGUUACAUCCAGUCUACGUGGCCUCUCAGCUGCCCGUGGUUCCAGCUGAGAUGCAAGUCUAUAUGCGGAAAUGCCUGGCAUGGAUCGGAACGCACAUGGGGAUUGGGCAAGCAUCGCUCCUUGCCAAGGCUCCACAAAUCGAGGGCCAGUAUUUCGUCUGUGGAUGCAUGAUUAUCUGGGCGGGGUUGCUUGUUUGA